UGUGGUUCAGUCUAAGCAAGUACAGAUGAACUAGUUUUUCUACAUGUGCUGCUCAGACUCCAUUACAGUUUUUGUCUCAGCUCAGAAACUUCUGCAGCUUUCUUCUUACUCUGCCGGAAUGUUUCUUGCAAAGGCAUUCCUAGAAGGGGCAGAUAAAGGAGGUUUUGGAGAAGCACUCGGAGGCCUCCUUGGUGGAGGAGGGCAAAGAGGAGGAGGAAAUAUUGGAAACAUUGUUGGGGGAAUUGUAAACUUCAUCAGUGAAGCUGCAGCAGCUAAGUAUACACCUGAACCACCACCCCCUUACCAGCACUUUGCAAAAGUUGAAGCCAGUGAAAGUGAUGAAGUUAGACAGUUUCGUCGAAUCUUUUAUCAGCUGGCUGGAGAUGACAUGGAAGUGAGUGCCACUGACUUGAUGAACAUUCUCAACAAGAUUAUUUCUAAGCACCCAGAACUGAAUUCAGAAGGCUUUAGCCUUGAUACUUGCCGGAGCAUUGUAGCUGUCAUGGAUAGUGAUACAACAGGAAAACUAGGAUUUGAGGAAUUUAAGUACCUGUGGACAAACAUCAAGAAAUGGCAAUGUGUCUACAAGCAGUAUAACACUGACCAUUCCACUUCUCUUGGGCAAAUGCAGCUGAAGCAAGCUAUUCAGGCAGCAGGCUUCCAGCUAAAUGAGCAACUUUACCAAAUGAUUAUCCGUAGAUAUACUGAAGACGAUGGAAGCAUGGAUUUUAACAACUUCAUUAGCUGCCUGGUACGUCUAGAUGCCAUGUUUCGUGCCUUUAAGUCACUAGAUGGAGAUCAAGAUGGACAAGUUCAAGUAAAUAUUCAAGAAUGGCUGGAACUGACUAUGUAUUCCUGAAAUAAAUGCUGAGAAGACACAGUCCUGCCUUGAGGAUAGGACUGCUCUAAAACUAGGUGUGUCUGUCUGGGAUAGGGCAUGGUAGCUGCUGGUUGUCUACUCUGCAGUUUCUGAAAUCUUGUACAGGGCUUUAUUGCUUCAUUAAA